CGUGUCCAAAGAACUAGCUAUCGCUAAACAGUAACCUUAUUUUAGCUAGGCCUACACUACAUAAUAAAAAGGCAAGGCCCAAGAAGGCAAGCUCUCCGUCCAAAGCAAGCACGACUCAGCGGACCGUACCCGAGAAGAUGGGCAUGCUUCGAUAUUUUCGUCUGGGCUUAGGCCUGCAAACCCUUUACCUGUCACUUCUGUUUAUAUGCUUUUUUGUUGUAGUUUCAGAAACAUCAAAAUCUGAAAAACCGAAUGUGCUUUUCAUCGUCAUAGAUGACCUCCGACCUGCUCUCGGCUGCUUUGAUGACAGAAUUUUGACUCCAAAUAUUGAUCAGCUUGCCCAACAGUCAGUGAUAUUCACUCAAGCCUAUGUCCAGCAAGCUGUAUGUGCCCCAAGUCGCAUCUCGUUUUUGACAAGCAGACGGCCAGACACAACUAAACUGUACAACUUUAAAUCCUACUGGCGAACAUUUGCAGGCAACUUCACAACUUUACCGCAGCAUUUCAAAGAGAAUGGAUAUUUCGCAGCUAGUGUUGGAAAAGUUAUGCAUCCAGGUAAAGCGUCAGGGGGAAAUGAUGAUUACCCGUAUAGUUGGUCAAUCCCUGCUUAUCACCCACCGACACAACUGAACAAAACAUCUAAGGUUUGUGAGAAUCCAGAUGGGACCCUCCAUGAAAAUCUGAUCUGUCCUGUUGAUGUUGCAAAGAUGCCCGGCAAAUCGCUACCAGAUAUACAGAGCACGGACCAUGCAAUCGAAAUCAUCAAGAACAUUUCUAAACUGACAAAAACUAGCAAAAACUUUACACAACCGUUCUUUUUAGCCGUCGGCUACCAUAAGCCACACGUACCAUUUAAAUAUCCAAAGGAAUAUGAGGAACUGUACCCACUGGAUUCCAUCUGGAUGCCACCCAAUAACUUCUUCCCUCCGGAUCUUCCAACAGUAGCGUGGGAACCAUAUCAGAUGAUGAGGACAAGAGAGGAUGUCCAGAGUUGGAAUAUCAGUUAUCCUUUUGGACCAGUACCAUUAAAAUACCAGCGUCUUAUCCGGCAGAAUUAUUUUGCUGCGACUUCCUACAUGGAUUACGAAGUUGGUCGUCUUUUAUCUGAAUUGGAAAAGGCUGGUUUUGCUGAUAAUACUAUCAUAUCAUUUAAAGGAGAUCACGGUUGGCAGCUUGGAGAGCAUGAAGAAUAUUCUAAGUUCAGCAACUUCAAAGAGGCAACAAGAGUUCCUUUGUUUUUCCACAUCCCAGGAGUCACCACAAAGAAACACAGAAAAUGGGGAGAAGCAUUCCCACUAAUUAACCCACUAAAGGACACUAAACUGAGGGAAAAGCAUCUAAAACGCCUAGCAGAUUGGAUGGCACCUACAAAGCCUUCGCAAUCUUCAAAGCUCACCACAGAUGCUUUUGUAGAGCUGGUUGAUCUCUUUCCAACUCUGGCAGAACUUGCUGGUCUGCGAGUUCCUCCAACAUGCCCUCCAAAACCUUUCAAGAUAGACUUCUGCACAGAAGGAACAAGCCUGGUGCCUGUGAUUAAUCAAGUCACAAAAACAAAACCUUCAAAUAUUAUCCAAUGGAAAAAUGCGACGUUCUCGCAGUAUCCAAGACCUUCUGAUUAUCCGUGUCCGCUGACGGACUUGUCGCCACUUCAGAACAUCACAAUUAUGGGAUAUUCGAUGCAGACCUCAAAGUACCGUUAUACCGAAUGGAUAGGUUUUGAUUCCAGCAAUUUUCGUCAAAACUGGAAUGAUGUCCACGCACGGGAACUAUACAUGAUGGAUACAGAUGAACAGGAGAAUUAUAAUGUUGCGAAUCAGGAAUCCAGUAAGGAACUUGUAAAAGAAUUAUCAGGAAUAUUGAAGGCUGGCUGGCGAAGUAGUUUACCCAUAUUUAAAAAGAACUGAUAUAUUUUAGUAACUUUUAAUGAAAAAGGCAAAUAAAUAAGCAAUAUAUUACAUAACUAGCCAGUUUAUUUCUGUCGUUUUAUGAAUUUUAACAGAAUUUUUUAAAUUACAGUACACA